CAGUGAUACGUUUUCCGUGCCUUAUAAAAGUUCGAACGUGAACUUCUGUCUUCUUUAGGUGGAGGUUCUAGCAAGAAAGCCGUUCGAUAUUCGCUGCUCGUAUCUGUAAGGCUGUUGCUGGUUUGAGACAUUUAGUUCAUUACCUUCUCUAUUUAAUAAUCAAAAUGAGUUGGAUGCCGUACGUUGACCAAAUGAUGGGCUACCCCAAUGUACAAGCUGCAGCCAUCGUUGGCUUCAAACCUAGCUUCAGUAUUUAUGCGUCCAAGGGCAGUUGUCUGGAUGGCAUUUCAAAUGCACAGGUGCAGUCAUGGUUAAGUAACGAUCGUGGUCCUUUGUUUGCCAAUGGUGCAAGAGUUGGUAGUUUGAAUUGUUCCGUGAUCAGAGAUAGUAUGAGCGCGUCAGAGGAGUGUCCACGUAUGGAACUCAGGACAAAAAACGCUGGAGGAAGCACGUGUGGUGUAACGAUAGCUCAAGCAGAAACAACACUUGCUAUUGCAGUGACUACAGAAGGAAGUCAUGGCUCUUAUGCAAACACACCGACUAUAAAAACAGCAACAUAUCUGAAGAGCUCACAUUAUUGAUGUCAUUCACUGCUCAUGCCACUGAAGCUGAAUACGGAUGCUAUUUUCUUGCCUGCUCAUUCAGCCUUUGAACUGUUUAUCUGAAGACUGAAACUGGAGAGGAGUUUACCAUGUUACCAUGCCUUCCCUAAACACAACGGCCGCUAUGUCCUCCACCAUAUUUCACUUUUUAUUUGGUUUGCUUUGCAUGUCUGUUAAAAAAUAAAUAAAUAAAAAUAAUAAAAAUUUAAAAAAUG